GGGACAAUUCGAUGCUUUAUAUUUCUGUAUAAGUAUAGGCUUGUUGUCUCUCCAACUUUUGUGGUGGCCCACAUGAAUUGCAAACACCCUUUUCUUCAAACCCCCCACAGCAUUUUGAACUGCGAAGAGAUAUCCACUACUUUGGAAUAUCUCAAGAUUGAGAGAGUCACGCUGCAAGUUUUUCUACACGCACAAUCAAGAAAGAAAAAGACAGUAUGAACUUCACGGGCAGAAAGAGCGACGUCAAGAAGGCAGACGUGGCCAACAUCCCGCCGGAGCUAUCAGACCUGCACUGCUUCACAGAAACGGGCGGCGUCAUCACAACCACAAUGUUCGACAUCCCCGGCUACCGCGUAACGCGCACCCUAGGCGCAGUCUACGGCCUCUCGGUGCGCACGCGCAACAUCGCCGCGAGCCUGGGCAUGGCCAUCAAGUCCCUUGCGGGCGGAGAGCUGCGGUGGUUCACGACGAUGCUGUAUAACUGCCGCAACGACGCGCUGGGCAGGGUCGUGAGCGAGUGUAAGCAGAGGGGGGGCAACGCGAUUAUUUGUUUGCGGUUUGAUGCGUCGGACUUGGGUGGGUUCGCGCAGACGUGUGCGUAUGGGACGGCGUGUGUUGUUGAGAAGGUUGAGGGCGGGGAGGGGGUUGCGCCGCAGCUUGGGGGGGGAGUUGAGAGCAUGUGCAGCGCCGGGGAGUGAGAGGGGAAGGAAAGGGGGAGAGGAAGGAUGAGGUGAGGUGAGGUUGUCGUGGGGGUUGAGCUUGGCAGGGUGAAGGGUUUUUGUUUCAUGGAGGCCUGAGGUAGCUGGGGAGGAGUGAGUUUUGAUACCACUGCGUUGUAGUUGAUGUUAUUUUGAGAGGUAGCUGAAUCGAGAACGUUGACAAGUCAAACAUGUUUGGACAGCCAAGUAUAAAUCGCUCUGAUACGGAGACCAUGGAUACAAUGGUGGUCUGUUGUCGAUGACCUGCACUUGAUGUCGUGAUGUUUGUGCAUGAGUGAGGACCGGAUGGACUGCAAUUGAGGAUCAGAUGAGAAGCAGUGGUGGCCAAUGUCUGGGUGAAGAAUAUACCUCUCAUUGAG